ACUCGCCCAGAUGUCGACCGGGCACCGAGCAAACGUCAAUCGGCGCGCUAAACAUGCACUCGGUGCAGGUAAAAUGCGAAGUGGAUGCGGAUCCGCCAGACUCGGUGAAAUUCAGUUGGACCUACAACAACACAAGAAAUGUGUCGCCGGUGCUCAAUUCGAGAAUCACUUCGAAUGGAUUGGUCAGCACCGUUACGUAUCUGCCGCAGACCGACUCGGAGCUGAUAACGCUCGCCUGCUGGGCCAGCAACUCGGUGGGACGCCAGACCAUCCCCUGCCUGGUGCAUAUACUGCCAGCAAAUCCACCGGAGGCGCCAAAGGCUUGCGAACUGCGCAACGACACCGUUUUGGAAGUAGUCUGUGUAGCCGGCAACGACGGUGGUCUCACGCAAUAUUUCCUGCUUGAAGUAAUUGGCGGCGAUCCACUUUAUGCCAACGAUGCGGGGCGCAGCUUCGCCGAUGCAAAUGUGGGCGACAAUGAGCUCUCCACCAUGAAUGAUCAGGCGACGUCAGCACCGGUACUUCGCAUGCAGGAGCCGCAACCGCAAUUUCGUCUCAACAGCUUGGAGCCGGGCCGAGAAUAUCAAUUUCUCGUGUAUGCCGUUAAUGCGAAGGGACGCAGCGAGCCGCCGGUCGUAAUCGAGCGUGUACGAGUGGCGGCACAAUUGGGACCGUACGACGAGUCCAUACUUUCCGAGGAUCCCACACCGGCGGAAACGACACACCAUUCAAGUGGCGGCCUGAGCGCCAGCGGUAGCGGCGUGGCGGUGGGGGCGGGCGCCAGCAUCAAUGUGCAUGGACAUGAGAAACAGCAGUCGCAGCUACUCAUACUGGCCGCCGUGGUGGCGAUAGGUGCCGUCAUUGUAACGUCAAUUAUCGUCGCGGGUAUUGUGGUCGUCUGCAGGCAUCGACCGCGACCACCUGAACCGCAGGAUGUGCGCAAAAGUAUGCGACCCGCCCGCAGUGAUGUGCCGUCCAUGUACAUCGAGGAGGACGCGCUGAACGACGAAGAGGCGCUGGCCAGUACACGCUCCGCCGACAUACGCGCCGCACGCGUGCUGCCCUCGACGCUGGGGCCGCGCUGCAGCGCCAGCACAACGAGCAGUCAACACCAUUACAUCUCCGAGGGUUUCAUACAGUACGCACAACCCAGCCUCAAUGACCCCGACUUGAUUUUGCCACGCGGUGAAAUGGAAUUCACGACGAUGGAYCCAAUGCUAAAGUAAGCAACUCGCCGCCGCAGAGAAGUUAAAAACUCAACAGCAACAACAAAAACAAUGUGAAACAAUGCAUUUUAAGGAAUUUCAGUUUGGUAUGUUCUCAGAUUGCAGCUCGAAUUUUUUUAUAAAACAAAUUUAGCGUAAAAUUAUUAUAGUUAAAAUAAAUUUAAGUUUUAGUCCAMUUAAGAGAGCAUAGUUAGCAUAAGUUGAGAGUAUUACAAAGAAUCAAAAAUUAAAGCAAAAAUUUAAAAAUAGUGUCUAUAAAAUUUGUAAAUAUGUA